UGAGUGUGGAGGUAUAGCUAGAGUUAGAUACAUAGAGCCCACAAGAAUUUAAAAAAGGUUUUGUCACUGUUUUUUAUCAUCUUGAAAGAAAACAUGAUGAAAUGUUGAGAGAGAAUAGAGGAGGAAUAAUAGAUUGAUAGAUCUUCCCAGGGUUUUCAUCACCGUUAGUUAGUUGUGGUGGGUUUUGAUUCAGAUAUAUCAGCGGUCACGCGCGUGCGCAUGGAGAGAGGAGGUGAUGACCAUCUCCACCUUCACCACCACCACAGCCGCCCGGCCACUUUUCCGUUCCAGUUACUUGAGAAGAAGGAAGACGAAGCAUGCUCCAGCUCCACCUCCGCCACCGCCAUCGUUCCUUAUCCGUCACUAGCAAUCUCCACCGUGGAUAACUCCGCCCCCGCCCCCACCUCCUCCUCCGCAUUAGUUGAGACGACGAAGAAGCCGCCACCGAAACGGACGUCUACCAAGGACCGCCACACCAAAGUAGAUGGACGCGGGCGGCGCAUUCGCAUGCCUGCCCUCUGUGCCGCCCGCGUUUUCCAGCUCACCCGCGAGCUCGGCCACAAGUCCGACGGUGAAACCAUCGAGUGGCUCCUCCAGCAGGCGGAGCCGGCCGUGAUCGCCGCCACGGGGACGGGUACCAUUCCCGCCAAUUUCACGUCCCUUAAUAUUUCCUUGCGCAGCUCCGGCUCCAGCAUGUCGGUUCCGUCGCAGCUCCGGUCGCAGUACUUCAACCCUAACUUCUCCAUGUCGUCCCAGCGCCGGACGCUCUUCCCGGGGCUGUCCCCAGAAAGCUCCGCCACCACGCUGAUGAAUUUCCAGGCUGCGAAUAUGCAUCUGUCUGCGGCGGCAAAGCAGGAGAUCCGCGACAGCUCCAUUGACCUGAUGGAGCCGACGGCGGCGGAGGAGGAGGACAUCGGCCGGAAACGGAGGCACCCGGAGCAGGAUUUGCAACACCAAAUGGGGAGCUAUCUCCUGCAAUCCAGUGUUGGGACCAUGCCUACGAACCACGCGCCGGCGGCCAACUUCUGGAUGCUGGCGAAUCCGGCCAACCAAGUCAUGGCCGGCAGCUCCGCAGGAGAUCCGAUAUGGACAUUUCCGUCCGGCGUCAGCAAUAACGCCGCCGCAGCAGCAGCGGCGGCUUUGUAUAGAGGCACAAUGUCGAGUGGGUUGCAUUUUAUGAAUUUCCCGACGCCGGUGGCUCUGAUGCCUAGUCAGCAACUGGGCGGAGGGGGGAAUGGGUUGGGAGAAGGACAGUUGGGGAUGUUUGCCGGGCUGAGCAAUUACCGGUCAGGCGGCGGCGGAGUGUCUGACUCUCCGGUGAGCGGGUCUCAUUCACACCACGGCGGCGGAGAUGAUCGGCACGACGCCACAAGUUGAUUAACAUUCACUCCACUUGUGUUGUGUAGUUUGAUGAAAUGGUUAAUUAAACACACACGCGUUAAUUAUGAGGUUUGGUUAUUUACUUUCUCUCAAAUUUAUGUUUCUUUUUUUCGUUUUUAAUUUAUUUAUUUAUUAUGCUUCAAUUCUACUCCUCCAAAUCUUCGCUUCUUUUUUUUUCUUUUUCUGGUGUGAUUAAAUUAGUAUGCCUGACGGUUUUGUGGUUUGGAGGGCAACAUAUAUACCGAUCGAAUAUCAAUUGAUUUCCCAUUUAUUUUACAAA